AGACAAUGCUUUCAGACAAUUCGAACGAAAUCUAAAUCUCUAUGUAAUUAGUCCCAUUCACGACACCGGUGCAUUCGAAAAUAGUUAAUGUGGUGGCAGUGACAGCGAAGCGAGGACGUGCGUGUGCUUGUCUCGUCGUAAAAUGCUGCCUCGGAAAAAUUGACUAGUCCGCUGAUAAUGUUUAAGUACCUACUACAGCUAAAACGCGAAUUAUUCGUCGCACAAUUAACUUAGAUCGGCACAAAAUUAUCGAACGCGUUCACGUGUUAAAUAAACAUGGAUGAGGCUUUCGCGCAUAUCGAGGGGAAUGGGAAGAAAGACUGCAAGAGGGAUAUGGUUCCCCCGGAUGGUGGCUGGGGCUACGUUGUGUGUCUCGGCGUAGGAUUUACUUUUAUGUUAGGUUUUGGAUCAUCGAACGCGUUUGGUAUUUUAUUUCACAAUUUUUUCAUCGAGCAAGGCAGUGCGAGUGGCCUUCCUCUAGUGAUUGGGGUGUACAAUGGAGCUCUGUCGAUAUCGGGAUUCCUGAGUGGCAUAGCUCUAAAGAGGUAUUCCUUCAGACAAGUGGGCUUGAUUGGAGCUGGGCUCUUCGUUCUGGGAGAUGUGUUGACUAUUUUCGUACAGCGCACCUAUCAGCUUGUUUUCACGUUCGGAGUCAUUAGAGGAGCUGGAUUCGGCAUGAUGAUUCCCGUUAGCUUCACAGCAUUCAAUUGUUAUUUCACUAAAAGACGGACUGCCAUGAUGAGCGCUAACCAAACCAUGAGCAGCAUGGCUUCCAUCACGUUCCCCAUACUGGUCACGUACCUGCUGGCAGAGUACGGGCUACGGUGGACCCUAACGCUCAUCAUGGCCUUGGAUUUGCAUCUAGUCUUCGCCAUGUUGGUGAUGCACCCAGUUCAGUGGCACAUGAUUAAAAACCCGGAGGCUAGCAUAACAGAUAACAAUGAAGAAAAGGAGAAGCUACCAAAGCGUCAUGAGUCGAUACAGAAAAGUAUAAUAAAAAUGAUCUGCGAAAACGUCGAAGUAGAUUUAUUAAAAGAUCCUCGUUUUGUGAGUACCUUAUUGGGCUUGGGAUUCGCAUUCGUCUCGGAUAUAACCUACCUGGCUAUGGAACCUAUGCUACUCUUUUCUUAUGGAUUCAGCAAGAUGGAAGUAGCAACAUGCGUGAUGGCGGGCGCUAUAGCCGAUUUACUAGCAAGGUUCCUUCUCGCCGUAAUCACGUUCUUCGUUGCUGUAGACAGCAGAAAGUUGUUUUUUGGUGGCACUUGUAUAACAAUAUUACUGCGAAUUGCGUUGGUGAGCGGUAGCGAUCUGUGGUGGGUGUUCAGCGUGACGGUGGCGUCGGGCGUGGUGCGCUGCUCCGUGCAGGUGCUGUUCCCGCUGGUGCUGGCCACCGCCGCGCCCCCCGACCGCUUCCCCGCCGCACUUGGCCUGCACAUCAUCUUCUCAGGCGUGCUGAUGCUCAUGGCGGAUCCUUUAAUCGGUGUAAUAUAUGAAGCAACGGGUAGCUACAGCUACUGUUUCUUCGCAAUGAGCUUCUGUUGCCUGAUCUGCGUUGUGCUGUGGUCCAUUGAGUAUAUAAUUUAUCGCAAGGAUAAACGAUGCCCCUACAACCAUUUCCAGUCGCCGUUACGACGCGGUGUUGACACAUCUUGUGUCGACACCGUCUGUUUCGUUACCACUUUGUGA